AUGGCACGAAAAGGAAAUCCGAUUUCGGUAAGACUUGGAAAAAAUCGUAGUUCAGAUUCAAGUCGGUUCAGUGAUUAUUAUUAUGGUAAAUUUGUGUAUCAAGAUGUCAAUCUGAGAUCUUAUUUCGGUUCGAUACGUCCACCUACGAGACUCACCUUCGGCUUUCGUCUCGGUAGGUGUAUUAUUCUACAUUUUCCUAAAAGAACAUUCAUUCAUUUCUUUCUUCCCCGUCGACCACGACGACUGAAACGACGUGAAAAAACUAGACCCGGAAAGGAGAAGGGCCGGUGGUGGACGACAUUCGGGAAAGCCGGGCCGAUCGAGUGUCUUCAUUCAAGCGACGAUACAGAAGAAGAACGAAACGAAGUGAGAGGCCGGGGGGCAAGGAAAAGAGUCGAGUCGAUCAGGCUCGACGACCGAAAAAAGCAAAACGAAAUCCGGGGUUGGCCGAAAAAAAAACAACGCUAUGGAUACCAUGACCGAUUACCCUCGAUAAAGAAGAAUCUUUCUAAAUCACUUCGGAUCAGCGGGGCCUUCAAGCAUCCGAAAUACGCCGGGGUUGUAAAUGACAUAGCGUUCCUGAUAGAAAAUGACGACUCCUUCAAAAAAACGAAGUUAUUCAAGUUAUUUUUCCAAAAUAAGUCCCGCUCCGACGGCCCGACGAGUUAUCUACGGACCCUCCCUGCAGUGCGCCCCUCCUUGAAUUUUUUGGUCAUGCAAUACUUUUUUAAUACAAAGAACCAAAUUAAUUUCGACCCCGUCGUAGUUCUCAAUCAUUUCGUGGCACCGGGCGCCGCUGAACCAUCUACGAUGGGGAGAGCGAAUGCACAGGGAAGAAGCUUACAGAAGAGAAUACGUUCUCGUAUCGCUUUUUUUGUAGAAAGCUCGACCAGCGAGAAAAAGUGUUUGGCCGAAGCCAAAAAUAGGUUGACCCACUUCAUUCGCUUGGCGAAUGAUCUUCGCUUCGCGGGAACAACUAAAACCACCAUCUCGCUCUUUCCAUUCUUCGGUGCUACCUUUUUCUUUCUAAGAGAUGGGGUUGGGGUGUAUAAUAACCUUGAUGCUCGGGAACAACUCCUCAAUCAAUUAAGGGUCAAAUGUUGGAACCUCGUGGGUAAGGAUAAGAUAAUGGAAUUGAUAGAGAAAUUAAAAAACCUAGGUGGGAUAGAAGAAUUGAUAAAGGUAAUAGAUAUGAUGAUAGAGAUCAUACUGAGAAAGAGAGGAAUUCCGUACAGGUACAACUCUUAUUUUUACGAAGUCAAAAAAAUGCGAUCUUUCUUGUCUAAUAGAACAAACACUAAGACCUUAAUUGAGUCAGUCAAAAUAAAAUCUGUUUAUCAAAGCGCUUCUCCGAUUGCUCAAGACAUCUCUUUUCAACUGAAGAACAAAAGAAGAUCAUUUCAUUCCAUUUUUGCUAAAAUAGUGAAGGAGAUUCCAAAAGGGGUGGAGGGAAUCCGUAUAUGUUUUUCCGGUCGAUUAAAAGACGCAGCAGAAAAAGCUCAAACUAAAUGCUAUAAGCAUAGAAAAACUUCUCGUAAUGUAUUUAACCAUAAAAUCGAUUAUGCUCCUGCGGAAGUAUCUACUCGUUACGGAAUCUCAGGUGUCAAAGUGUGGAUUUCAUAUAGUCAAAAAAAAGGGAGACGUGCUAUAUCCGAAACGUACGAAAUAUAG